AUGCAUUUCGAAGAAGAGCGUACUGCCCAGCGACUCAAUUCCUCACUUGUCAUCGCGUUCCCAGUGAAGGUGCCUCCGCGAAUAGGCAGUUCUUGGGGCAGUUCUUGGCAUGACGUGGCGUUGAAAGAGUUGGUCAGCCUUCAAAACUGGUUGGAUCGUGCAGGUAACCGGCGUGUGCUGGCCGAGUUCAAGGUGACCCCCGGCUACCAGCAGCUGGGCUUCCCCGACGGCAUGACCAUCGACGUCAACGACAAGCUCUGGGUCACCUGCUUUUCAGCCGGUGCUGUGGUGCAGAUCGACCCGGAGACAGCUAAAGUCCUCACCAAGAUCAGCUUUCCGGCCAAGUACACUACGUCAUGCUGCUUCGGAGGGAAGAACUACGACACGCUCUACGUCACUUCCGCUAGCUUCCCGCCUGACGCCACGAGACCCGAAGACGGAUUGCUCUUCCAAGUGACCGAGCUCGGGGUGAAAGGAAAAGCGGCAUUCGAAUUCGCUGGCUAAAUACCGCGACGCCUGCGAAAACCGACUUAGCAUAGCCUAAUCGGGAUACCGGUGGCCUAGCGUAUACGUACACCGGGAUACCGGCGGCCCUGUACGUAUGGAUCGUUGCCCCUUGUCAACGGUGCGCUGGCUUUGUGGUUUGUGCCACCAAGAUAUAUUUGUCUUAUUUUGUCAAAUGUCUUACCUAUAUUGUUGUUUUAACAGACAAUAAAUACGCAGCAUCAAACUUUUUCAGUAAUUAUUGUAAA